AGGAGAGUAGAUGGAAAUAAAGGGGAAGAAAUAAAUGAGAAAAGAGAGAGUAGUGGGUCAGUAAUACACCUUGUCUUCAGGCAAUUCCAUGUGCUCACAUGCUCUUCUUCUUCUUCCAUUUUUUACUUCUUUUGCUCUGUUUUUUCUUUUUUUUGUUUAAUUGAUUUCUCUCAACAAAACUACUAAACAACAAAUACCAAACGCCCAAUCCAAUACAAAGUCCCAGAAUCUACAGAGAAAUUGGGGAGUAGGUAGAAAACGAAAUGGAGAAGGGAAGUGAUGGAUUUGUGAGAGCUGAUCAGAUUGAUCUGAAGAGUUUGGAUGAGCAACUUGAAAGGCAUCUUAACAGAGCAUUGACUAUGGAGAAGACAAACAACAAGAAGAAACCGUUGGAUGAUUCCUGCAUUAAUUACUCUACCGCUACGGCCGCGGCCGCAACCGUUACCGCCGCUGCCGCUUCCUUAUCUCUAUCUUCUUCCGUCAAACCCAGGCAAAGACACGACUGGGAAAUUGAUCCGUCAAAACUUAUCAUCAAAACCGUCAUUGCUCGUGGUACCUUUGGUACCGUCCACCGUGGUGUUUACGACGGUAUAGAUGUCGCCGUGAAACUACUGGACUGGGGGGAAGAGGGCCACAGAACAGAUGCUGAAAUAGCAUCACUACGGGCAGCUUUUACGCAAGAAGUUUCAGUGUGGCAUAAACUUGACCAUCCUAAUGUUACUAAGUUCAUUGGGGCAACUAUGGGCUCUUCUGGGCUCAAUAUACAAACAGAAAAUGGUCAUAUUGGCAUGCCUAGUAACAUAUGCUGCGUUGUUGUGGAAUACCUUCCGGGUGGUGCAUUAAAAUCUUACCUCAUAAAGAACAGAAGAAGGAAGCUAGCAUUCAAAGUUGUUGUGCAGAUGGCACUUGAUAUGGCCAGAGGGUUGAGUUACCUUCACUCUCAAAAGAUUGUGCAUAGAGAUGUCAAGACAGAGAAUAUGCUAUUGGAUAAGACACGUACAGUAAAAAUUGCUGAUUUUGGGGUUGCUCGGGUGGAGGCUUCUAAUCCAAAUGACAUGACUGGGGAGACUGGAACCCUUGGAUAUAUGGCUCCCGAGGUACUCAAUGGCAAUCCAUACAAUAGAAAAUGUGAUGUGUACAGUUUUGGCAUAUGCGUGUGGGAGAUUUAUUGUUGCGACAUGCCAUAUCCUGACCUCAGCUUCUCAGAAGUUACUUCAGCUGUGGUUCGCCAGAAUCUAAGGCCAGAUAUACCAAGGUGUUGCCCAAGUUCCCUUGCUAACGUAAUGAAGAGAUGCUGGGACGCUAACCCUGACAAACGGCCUGAGAUGGACGAGGUAGUAUCCAUGAUAGAGGCUAUUGAUACAUCAAAAGGCGGAGGAAUGAUUCCCGUAGAUCAACAACAGGGUUGUUUCUGUUUCCGAAGGCAUAGGGGACCUUGAAGCUUAUUGCUCAAGCAGACAUACAAAAGUAGGUAAAUUUCAUCUCAAUUUCCAAAUAUUUGACAAAGGAAGUGAACUCGCAGAGCCACAAUAUUUGAACAGUUCUAUUGAGAAGCUAUGCUGCAUGCAUUUUUCUCUUGGUUUGAUGUAAAUCUCACACAUUUCUGUUCUCUUUUUUUCUUAUUUUAUACAUACUCUCAAACUUUUUUUUUUCCUUUUCUAUUUGACUAAUGAUUUCUGUUUUAGUCUA